AUGUCUGCUACAUCCAUUCUCCACACCGGCCGAUUUUUUUCGAGAUCAAGACCUGUCAAGAACUUGCUAGUUCAACGCACAUUCAGUUCCUGCACCAUUCAAUUCAGGGACUUUAAUCAGCCUUCUAAGUCAACCGGUCGUGCCCCGUUAGAAGGGAUCCGGGUUUUAGACUUGACAAGAGUAUUGGCUGGUCCAUACUGCACUAUGAUGUUGGGUGAUUUAGGUGCUGAUGUAGUCAAGGUAGAGAACCCCAAUGGUGGCGAUGAUACUCGAGCUUGGGGCCCACCAUUCGCAGACAAUAAGGACGCCUCAGAUUUAUCUCACGGUGAAUCCGCUUACUUUUUAUGUGUCAAUCGCAACAAGAAAUCUGUCACUGUCAAUAUGAAAUCAGAAGGCGGACGUCAACUGAUUCAUGAUCUGGUAAAGGAGAGUGAUAUUCUCGUCGAGAAUUACUUGCCAGGAAAGCUUGAGAAGAUGGGUUUGGGAUAUAAAGAGCUGAGCAAAAUCAAUCCCAAGUUGAUAUAUGCAUCCAUUACCGGUUACGGACAAACAGGCCCUUAUGCAAAUAGACCUGGUUACGAUGUUAUUAUUGAGGCUGAAGCUGGUUUAAUGCACAUUACCGGUGAGCCCGAGGGCACUCCUGUCAAAGUAGGUGUUGCUAUCACAGAUCUCACAACUGGCUUAUAUGCCCACAGUGCCAUCUUGGCAGCGUUGAUCCAGCGUGGAACUACUGGCAAAGGGCAACAUAUCGACUGCUCUUUGAUCGAAUCUCAAGUAGCAUCAUUAGCCAACAUUGCUUCCAACUAUCUGAUCGGCGGACAAGAAGCCAAGCGCAUGGGCACAUCUCAUCCCUCCAUUGUACCUUAUCAAGUACUUCCUACCAAAAACUCAUUUGUCAUGAUUGGUGCUGGUAAUGAUGGUCAAUUUGCCAAGCUGUGUCAUCGUAUGGGCCUUGAACAUCUUUUGGAAGAUCCUAAAUACAAGCGUAAUUCGGAUCGUGUCAAGCAUCGCAAGGAAUUGAUUCGUUUGCUGGAGGAUCGUUUAGAGCAGGAAGAUACAUCUUACUGGCUGGAGAAGCUUACAGGAGCUGGCUUCCCUUUUGCUCCCAUCAACAACAUUGAACAGACAUUCCAACACCCUCAAAUCGUAGCAAGAGGCUUGGUGCACGAAGUUGAGCAUGAGCGAGCAGGCACAAUCAAGAUGGUCGGUCCUCCUGUAAAGUUCAGUGAAGCUGAAACGAGCAUUCGUCUGGCUCCUCCUCUUUUAGGUGCUCAUACAAAUGAAAUUUUGACUGAAGUCUUGGGCUAUUCAAAGGAAAAGGUAGAUAAACUCAAGCAAGAUGGCUCUGUUGGAGCAUAA